AGAAUUCCGGCACCACCAUAAGUAGCACAACAAAAAAGAAAGUUUUCUUCCUUCAGUGAAGGAAUCACCUUCUCUGUGGUAACAGUUAUUAUAGAGAAUAGAACUGAAUAAACGAAAACGUUAAUUACGCAUGCGCGUUACGGAUGCAUGUUUUGCAAAGAUUCCCUUUGAAAUUAUUAUUAUUAUAAUUGCAGUCUGCAAUUUUGAGGUUAGAAACGUGUUUCUGUUGUCAAUCAUUCUAUAAUAUUUUAUUUUGUUCUUUCAAUUUCUCUAUCAUAAAAAUAACUAAUUCCAGUUAUAUUAGAAAUUAGACAUUUCUUCCAGCUAUAUGAAUCUUCAUAAUAACAACUGAUGUUGAAAAAAUAUCUUGUAUACAAAAAAGCAUCCUGAGAAAACGACAUCUCCUAUUGGAGUGUAAAGAGUCCGAACACAAUGGAGUCAGCAAAAACUACGGAAGAAAAAUUCGAAACAGCUGUUGGAAUUGUUUUCAAUAACUGGACGGCACUGAAGCUGUGUCUGGAGCAUGGGCAAGGUGGCAACCCUGUAACUGCUCAUGAAAAGCUGUUGGCACUACUGAGUGAGAUCAAAGCGCGGUUCGCAAAGGACGCCAACCUGCACUGGUCUGACCUUGCAGACAUGUUGGCUGACCACAUGGACGCCGAGUUCGACACCCUGCUGGAGGACGAGUCCGAGAACGAGGUAGCCUCCCACAUCUGCCAGCUGUUCCAACAGCUGACGGCCGGCAAUGACCUUGAGGUCACCGAUCAGCUGACUCGCUUCCCCGUCACUAGUUCCAUUUUCUGCCGGCAGACGGCGCCAGCUGCUGCUUCCCUCGCGCAGUGUGUGGCCAUGAGUGACGAACAGAUUCAGGAGGCGUCGAACUGUGGUGUCAUUGCUGAGGAGCCAGAAGAGGUCGAUCCCGGCUGGACGGUUGUUAAACGGAGAUAGUUUGUAAAUAAAUUCUAGUUUUAUGUGAAA